CUCGACGAUCCCCGGCAUCUGGCGCCCCCGGGUGGCAUGGCGUUUCCCCUCAACCACCUACCCGGAACAGCCUAGCCUAGCUGCGCGGAAUGGCUGCGAACAUCCCUGUCUCGCGUGGGGAUUGGCAACGAAACCCCCGGUGCGCCCAUCGGUCGACAGGGCAUCCUCAGAAGAAGAAGGCACCUUGCGGUAGGUUGGGGGUGGGGUAAUAAUCGGACCAUGCUCAACGGGAAAGAUCCAAAUGAAGUCCAGAGACAACUUGCAGCCAUCGCCAUCUCAGCGACCCAGUCGGGUAAAAAAGAGACGGGCUCGGCGCUGCAUCUCCCAUCUGUUAAAAAACUGCCAUCAGCAAAAGAGAGAGAGACCCAGCAUCUGGUUCGUGGUGGGGAGGGAGGGAGGUUCCAUCGAUAUUGUGGAUGGAGGAUGCCCAAGCGAGCGAGCCGGGUGGGUUUUUUCAGCCCCUCCAGCGGUUGUGCCAAGGAGUCAUAUUGGGCACAUCUUCCGCUUCCCGUCAUCAUUUGCCCGUUGCCCUUUACUUCUUUUGCCCUCCUGCCUGCCAGUACCUUGCAUUCCCUAUUGCCUAUUGCCUAUUCAUAGCGCCGCCUGUCUUUUUUUACCAUUCUUUCGCUCACUCUUUCUACUCUACUACAUACAUUCGAAUACUCACUCAAGCAUCGUCAUCACUCAUGUACAGUGUCCGAUCUUCUGCAGCAGACUAACACUACGCCCACCCAUUAUAUCAUCACAAACGGAACAGGUUCCCUUGCACCUCGGCUUGGGUACUUCCCAUAUGCUAAGCUUUCCUGCCUUGGCGGUCUCUCCACCAAUCCGAUCCCUCUCAAAGUCAGACUCGGUGCAUGGUAAACCCGCCAGCAAGUGUGCGUCGUUGGAUUUCAAGUUCAUCACCGGCCUCAAACUCUCGCCCGGGGGCUCAGCGUAGCAACCGGGCGCGCCGACUCAAGCAGCCCGACUCGUAGCAGGGAGACCGCGCAAACAUCGCCAUCGUGCUGGGCCGCUUUUAAGGGAGUUUUACUCACCUCAGGGGAGGUGUACGGGGGUUCGGGGUGCACACGAUGCCAGUGGGGGACGACUCGAGCUAUCUCACAAAAAGGAGGGCGUCACCACUUGCGUGAUCAGUAUCACAGAAAGUGUCACGUGUCCCAUGGAGCAAAGGCCUGGCGAUGCCUUCUCCCAGCACAGCGGCGACGCGAGCGACGCGCCCCCAUCAGGGGGGAUGGGGCGCCCGCGCCGCAUGUCCAUGGAGGAGGAUAUGUUCUACCGGGAAGUCAUGACGUCGCGGCCAAAGAACCCGCCGAGCUAUGAGACGGCCAUGCAGGCUGCUGUGGCGGCCGAGAGGAGGGCGAUGGCGAUGGCUGCUGUCGAGGACCAGGAAGAUAGGCUGCCCCAGUACUCAUCCGAGUUGGAUAUUGAGGGCGUGUUUAUGCGCAAGAUGGAGAUGGAGGACACGAUCAAACGGGCCGAGUAUAGAGACUGGAGGAUGGUUUAUGUCGAGCUUCGGGGAACGGCACUCAACGUCUACUCGGUCAAGAAGGAGCGUGGAUGGUGGUCGUCAAAGCCGGACGCACCUAACAUUGCGCCUGAUAAUCCGCCAUGGGUGAAGAAGCAUGCGUUGGAGCGGAGCUACAGCUUGCUCUAUGCGGAUGCGGGGAUCGCGGCGGAUUACAAGAAGAAGCGCUACGUCAUUCGGCUACGAGUGGAAACGGACCAGUUUUUAUUGUCGUGUUUCGAGUUGAGCACAUUUGUCACAUGGCUCGACAGGCUUUAUGCCGCCUUCAACGUGGCUGCACCCAUCGAUGAUCGCGAUUUCCCCAGGGACUACAGCAUACCACGGAUUCAGAGAAUACGGUUCUUGCGGGGACAACGACCGCCACCCCAGGACCAUCUUGGCAGGCAACCCGAUCAUAGAAGACUAGACGAGAGCGACGAAGACGACAGCGAAGGGGAGGGAGAGGGCGGUGAACCACCAGAUCACAGAGGUGGCGGCGGACGUGGGCCACGGCCGGCUGAAUACCCAAUAAUGGCGAGGUUAUCAAUAUCAUCAUACGCGAACGAGAACGUCGACCCGGAAACCGGAAAAUGGCUGCCAGAACACGGCUGGACCAUCGCCCACGACCAGCUCUACGCCCGUCUGUGCUACGCGGUACUAUUAUUCAAGUCACCACGGAAGAGCAAUUACAUUGUCUCACGAGGCAAGCGGUGGUGGGUCGACUGGGACAGCGGCAAGAUGGUUCGGGUGCUGCCCCCGGUCUACGGCGAAAUCGACGUCAUGGGCCCAUGGCAGGUCAUCAUGGCCGAGAACAGGAGGAUAUAAGCCUGUUGUCACAACGCAACUUUUUCCUUUUAUGUUUGUCUUGCAUUAUACUCACACUUGACUGUUAUUUUCUUUUUAUUAUCUAUAUAUAUAUCUGGGCGCGGAGUUGCGGGUUUCGAAUUAUCGGGAGCAUACUUGGGACACAAUCUUUGCGUUUGCAGCAAAUGGGGCAUUUGGAACGGGAAGGAGGGAGGGAUGUGUCUCGAGUCGGGCGAGCAUUAUACCAUGCGUGUGAUUUUAUUGUUGGGGGGAAGAGAGGACGAAAAUGCGUUUUGCUUUUUUUGGUUGGAUGUAUAUAUACCCACGCGCAACAGAUACCACAUAUUUAAGAGCAUAAUUGACCGGUUCCGGUAGCAAGACUUUUGUGUUGGCAUGUGUUGUUUAAUACCGCCUGGCCCAACCACAUGAACUUUUACGGUGGCAUGUUGCUCUGUUUUGGUUGUGCC